AUGGCCAUAAAUGCGCAACUUAAAGCUGCUGGAUUUCUUUGUUUAAUCAUAAUUGGGAUUCCUGCCAAUAUUUCACUUAUCCUAAGAUUUGCUCACAUUGGUUUCUUAGAGAAAAGGCUCUUACCAGCUAACAUAAUAAGAAUCUCACUUUCUUUCGCAAAUCUCUUUGUUUUGAUUUCUCGUAUAGUACCACAAGCCUUGUUUUCCAUUGGACUAAAGCAUUUACUCAACAACCAACAGUGCAAAUUAGUUAUAUUUACUUUCAGAGUAAGCAGAGCCAUGUCCAUUUGUAUAACCAGUUUCCUUAGCUGUCACCAAUGUAUAAUUAUUGCUCCGGCCACAGGAAAAUGGAUAAACCUCAAAGUAAUGGUCAGUCGUUUUAUACCAUUAAUUCUUUUUUUACUCUUGGCUAUGAAUAUGGGUAUUUACCAUUUUUCACUUUUGUUUGGAAGGGCAACAACCAAUGAAACACUUUCACCGUACACACUGCGCUUAGUAUAUUGUGAUGUUGAUUUUAUGAACUAUUCAUAUUACAUGUUAAAUGGUUUGUUAUCUACAAUACGAGAAAUUAUAUUUGUUGGACUGAUGACUCUUUCCAGUAUGUACAUGGUGUAUGUUCUGUUCCUCCAUGGAAAAUCGAUGAAAGGCAAGCGCAGUUCUGACAAAGGUCAACGUAGGACAGUUGAAUACAAGGCAUCACGAGCUGUCAUCUUGUUGGUUAUAAUGUACAUGGCCUUGUUUGGCAUGGAUAACUCGAUGUGGAUCUACACACUUACCAUGCUCAAUGUGGAUCCAGAUGUAAAUGAUACUAGAGUGUUUCUUGCUGCCUCCUUCACUGCCCUCAGUCCUAUUCAUAUCUUUGCAACUACUCCUAAAUUACACUUUUUCUUUCAAAGUCCAUACAAAAAGAGAACUACUGAUAAACAGACUAUAAUUACAAAUGAAAACAGAAUUACUUUACACAAUUAA